AAAAAAAAGUUACACUUUACACUCGAGCAAGAUGGCCUAUGACCUCGUAGUUACACUUAGACGGUGGUUUUCCAUUUUCAUAAUCCACUUCCUAGUUCCUUCGCUCCAUAGAAUUAUUUAGGCUUGACGGACCUGAAAAGAGGUGUUGUUGGUAGGUUGAUUUGGUUAAGUGCUCCAUGCGUGAAAAUUCUCAGAACCAAGAAACGAAGGAGAGGAGCAAAUCUAAUCCCUGAAUCGCUCCCCAAGCUCAUCGCGCUACGUUUUCCGUUUACGAUUCCCCUUGCUUCCUUGUUCUCUCGUUCUCUGUAUUCCGUCAUGAUUGGGUUUGGAGUUCCGGAAUUUGCGCAACACGUUGUUACAUCUGGCUAGAGGUGGGAAAUUCUCAUACUCUGUGUGGCUGCGGUGACUGGUGAGCUUUAGAUCGUUCGUUUGCAAAUUUUUAUCCGGCACUUUUAUUCUUUUCAGAUUGUUAGACAUGGUAAGUCUUUGUAUUCAAGACGAUUAUGACGGGACUGCUGCUUCAGAUUGCGGAAUUCAUGAGUUCCUCUGGAGAGACGGCUGGAAAUUAAUUAUUCUGGAACUCAAUCUUUUAAGCUGAUUUGGAGUUCCGCCUCUCAGGAACUUGGGGGCGCUCGUUCUCCGUUCAUGUGGCCGUAUUGAACGGAAUUGAGGUCAGCAUCAUACCUGGGGUUCUGCUGUGGUUGACUAUGGUAUGGGUGAUUUUGAUGAUUGCAUCAAGCGGUGAUGAUUACCGAGUAAUUCAGCCCUGCGGAAGUUCUCUUAGGAGUGUGAACUAGGAAGAGAUCGUAAGUUUGGAGGGACGUCUUAGGGAUUGUCGAGAUGUAUCGAUCAAGAUCUAUGGCUAGACCCCGAGGUGGCGUGCCCACUCAUAGUGGCGACAAUGUGGUGAAACUUCAUCAGGUUCCACGCUGGAGCGACGGAGAGCACCAUUCUCUUGCUGCGGAUGAUAGUCGUGAUCGUUCAAUUCCCCAUCGACACUUUCCGGAUCCACUUACAGCGCCUUCACGGCCGGAGACCGGCUCGAGUGGAUCUUUGUCGAGGUUUCCAGUCGAUCACGACAUCAAUUCCAUAAUCUAUUUGUGGCGUGGGCAGCCAUGGAGCCUUGACGUUGAUGCAGUCGUUAAUUCCACAAAUGAGGCUCUUGAUGAAGCCCACAGCAGUCCUGGUCUUCAUGCUGCUGCUGGACCUGGUCUUGCAGAUGAGUGCAGGAUGCUGGGUGGAUGUCGAACUGGCAUGGCAAAGAUUACCAAUGCUUAUGAUCUUCCUGCUAGGAGAGUUAUUCACACUGUGGACCCAACGUAUGCUGUGAAAUACCACACAGCUGCAGAGAAUUCACUGGGUCAUUGCUACCGUUCAUGCCUUGAACUUCUAAUCGAGAAUGGACUUCGGAGCAUUGCUUUUCUUUGUAUAUGUACAGAAGCUAAAAGUUAUCCAAGAGAACCAGCUGCCCAUGUUGCACUAAGAAAUGUUCGGAGGUUUCUAGAAAAGCAAAAGGAUAAAAUUAAGGCUGUUGUCUUUUGUACCUCUACAUCUGAUGAUACUGAGAUAUAUAAGAGAUUGCUUCCACUUUAUUUUCCAAGGGAUAAACAUGAAGAGGAGAUGUCAAUAUCUAAUCUUCCAGCUGAUAUAGGGGAUGAAAAUGGGGAUACAGUUAUAGAUGAGCGUAAAAUCAGAAUUAAGCCUUUACCAGCUGUGUCAGCAGCCAUACCAAAAGUUUCAUCACCUGUUUUGAAUCUUUCUGUUAGUGAUAUUGGUUGUGCACAACGGAGAAAUGUGUCAUUCUUGGAUGCAUACCUGGACCCUGCAUUCAUGUCUGUGACUAAGGAUCCUGAUCAGAAACGCAAGGAACAAUGGGAAAAAGCUGCUCAGGCUUAUGCUGGGUGGAACUGGGCCAAAUUUUUUGGGUUUGGUGAUCUAGGUGGCCCACCAUUAUCUCUGGGUGAAGAAUAUUCACUCCACUCAAGAUAUCUUGCCAAAGCAAAUUCUCUUAAUCUUUCAGAAAUUGCAGAAAUGAAGAUUGUGUACCGUGGAGGUGUUGAUAGUGAGGGGCGUCCUGUCAUGGUUGUGGUGGGGGCUCAUUUUCUACUCCGUUGCCUUGAUCUGGAGCAGUUUGUCUUGUAUGUUGUAAAGGAGUUUGAACCUUUAAUACGGAAGCCUUAUUCAAUUGUAUACUUGCAUUCUGCAACUUCUUUACAGCUGGUUGGGGAAGUUCCAACGUGCAAGGGGAUCGUCUGUCCCAACAGGAAACUGGAUCUAGGAUGGAUGAAGUGCUUGCAGCAAAUCUUAGGCCAAAAACACCGGCAUAAUUUGCAUGCAAUUUAUGUGCUUCACCCAACAUUGGGAUUGAAGGCUGCAGUUUUUGCCCUGCAGUUGUUUGUUGAUGGAGUGGUGUGGCGGAAAGUUAUUUAUGUUGAUCGACUUGUUCAGCUGUUCAGCUAUGUUCCAUGUGAACAAUUGAGCAUCCCAGAUUUUGUCUUCCAGCAUGAUAUCGAGGUGAACGGAGGAAAAGGCUUUAUUGUGGACCCAAGGACAAAAUAUAUAUACCAGAGACCUGGGUUACUUUCAUCUGCUUCGUCAACCAACAGUAGAGGCUUAUCUUGAUGGUGCUGGUUGCAGUUGAAGAUCCAGUUUGUAACUUUUCUACUUUUCUUUCUGAUGGCUGGCGAAUUAGUGAAUGUCAGUGUGCCGUUGGUUCUUGAUGCAUUGUAUUUAUAGAUGUACAGUUUAGCCAUGUCCAUUGUGAUCAAAGAAUAAGCAAGUCAUUUGUCGUUUGUUACGAUUUAACAAAGUGAAAAAUCUUUCACUAUGGUGGUACAUGCUUUACA